AUGGUUCACGGAGGCGACGGCGGUGACAAGAACACACUCACGCUAGGUGAAGACGAGCACAUUACCGGCAUUGAGGCACACUGGGGUAAGUACUACCGCCACACACGAAUCCUGUACAUCAAGUUUACGACAGACGCGGGAAAUACCAUUUCCGGCGGAACCCAAACAGACCAAAUUGGCAAGGACGGCGCCCCCGAGGGUUACCAGUUGGGUGGCUUUGUUGGCUACAGCGGCAAUGAGGUUGACUCGGUGGCAGCCGUGUGGACCCGUAUUCAGCGUACACAGUAG